AUGCCGCCGCUGCCGGUCAACUUCGACCACACGACCAAAGCACUCAUUGAAUCUCUUGAGCGGAGGCAAAAGGACAUCCGCGAAUUCCAGAUACCACGUUUGCGCGCAUGCAAGGGCCCGUUGACGGUACAGCAGCAACAUGCGGCGGAAAUCCGGGAGGACGUUGACGUCUUUGCAAAGCAGCUCGAGGCAUACGACCAAAAUGGAGAGCGUAGUCGGAAGGAGUUGAGGCGGGUGGUAGACGAACUCGAGGAAGCUCUGGCUAGUAUGAGGAAGGAGUCAAGGGCUGCUUUGCUUGCUUCAAAGCGAGCUAUUGAUGCUAGUGGAACCUCAAAUCGUGAAGAGCUACUCCGGUCGUCCGCUGUGAAAGAGAAGCAGAACUUGAGUGAACAGGUGGCGUGA